AUAAAACAAAAUAAGUCUGUGUGAUACUGCGAACAAAACAUUAAACGAAAUGAAUAAAAAUCUGUGUUAAUGUAUCUGAAGUGUGGAUAAGUGGUGUACUUGUAUUUAAAAAAAAUGAAAGUCCAAAAAUCAUUGGCGUUUUAUCUAACGGCGAAUUCGUUGUUCAGCUGAGCAUUGUGCAACCUUCUUUGUAAUGUUUACAGAGGGCGCUUCAGUGUAUUAUGAAUGACGUCUAUAGAAAACACUACCAAAUAACAGAAAACACCGAGAGAUGUGCUAUCGAGGUCACUCGUGAAAUUGUUCACUUGUGUCGUUUGAUUUGCGACUUAUGCGCAUUAUUAUGUGAAAUAUUCGGCUUGAAUGUGGUGUUUAAAUAUUUCUGUUUCAUUUAUUUUAAAUGGAAUAUAUAAAAAAUGAAGAUCCGUAACAUCACUUCACUAAACUCGGGCAGGAAAUUUUUUAUGCUCUCUUCAUUUUCAAAAUGGUGGUCACUUGUUAUUGUGUUAAGUCUAGCAUUUAAUUUGCCUUACGUGUCUUCGGACGACCCUUCACUAUUAUCAAAAGACACUUUGGGAAAAAGAUAUCGCAUAGCAGAUAUUACUUAUUUGAAUCCAUUGACGCAAAAAACCGAAAGUAUUAGUGGAAAAUUUGGAAUAAAUAGCAUCGAAAAACCAGUAGCUGGAAUUGUGAUCAGUCCGAAAUCGAAGUCCGAUUCUGGCAAAGAAAUAAAUAAUCUCGGCUGCUCAAGAUACCAAGAUACUACAAUCCCCAAUGAUAGCUGGAUUGCUUUAGUUGAACGGGGCCUUUGUUACUUUUCUGACAAAGUAAAAAUUGCAAUUAAAGAGAGCAACGCAUCAGCUAUUAUUAUUUACAAUAAUGUUACCACCACGGGUGAUUCUCACUCUGAUCUCUACAAUUCACAUGUAAUCGAUAUGGAUGGACAAGAUAAAAAAGCUUCAGCUGUGUCUGUUUUCAUUUCAAAAGAGGACGGUCUAAAGAUUGUGGAUUUGUUAAACAAAAACCAUGUUUUCACACUGAAGAUAACGCCGGGCGUCGAGGGGACAGUGCAAAAAAACAACUCCAACAACAACAGUAUCAGCAAGACAUCGGUCUUGUUUGUUUCCAUUUCAUUCAUUGUUUUAAUGAUAAUUUCCCUGGCAUGGCUGGGGUUCUACUACAUUCAGAGAUUCAGGUACUCACAUGCUAAGGAAAGGCUGGCGAGGAGACUGGCCUGUGCUGCCAAGAAAGCCAUUGCCAAAAUACCUCAGAAAACAAUCAAGUCAGGAGAUAAGGAGCUAGAAAACGACUUUGACCAGUGUGCCGUAUGUAUCGAGCCAUACAAAGCCCAUGAUGUCAUCCGGAUACUGCCGUGCCGUCAUGUGUUCCACAAGUCAUGCGUCGACCCAUGGCUGCUUGACCAGAGGUCGUGUCCCAUGUGUAAGCUGGACAUACUACGAGCGUACGGAAUGCAGGUUGGUGGCAGCCAGGAGUCUGUGCGGCCUGACCCCGAGGUGGGCCACGCCCCGGCCAGACUAGUCCCCCAGCACACGGAGCCCGAGCCAGGCUCAAGCCACGGGGAGCCCAACCCUGAGGACAUGAAGGUGCUGCUGGUGGCUCACUCCUGCCUUCAUUUCCACGUGCCCAGGGACAAGGAGCAGAAAGACGAGGCCUCCACCAGCCUCCUGGGGGCGGUGGGCGGGGUGGAGUUGGUCUCCCUCCCCCACUCUAGUUCCUCCAGUUCUUUGAAUUCUAAAGCCAGCGGCAACACGCGGGUGCGGAGGUGCGACGCUGAAGCUGGGGGGAGCCCGGAGAAGGAGGCGCUGCUAAGCGGGAGCAGCGAGGAGGGGAUUAGGAGGUGGAAGAGUGAGGAGGAGGAGGAAGAGGACUUUGAUGAUGCCCGAGCAACCAAAAGUGAUAACAGCGGCCAGAUUUCUUUGAUAGAGUCGACCGAGCUGAAAGACAAAGGGAAGAAACACAAGCGGAAAAACAGGGAGAGAAGCGGGGAAACCAGCCACGACUCGUCAUCCCUGGCAAGCGACGCCUGGGAGGCCGACGUCACUAACAACGUGUCAGAAGAGACUGACCAGGACAAAGAUAGUUGUUCGUGCGUGACGGCCGGCAGCGACGACGAGAGUUGCAACAGCAGUAUGAAGGUGGAGUUCCGCGGCGUCCUAGAAGACGAGCUGGAGUCGACGGCGUGAGGGUCAAGGUUUUGGCGGCGUAAGUGACCAGCGAGUGACCAGGACGACUUGGGACCCAAGUCAGCUCAAUAGUUCAUCCCUGUAGGGACCGAGCAUUCUAUUCGUUAAUCUGGACAAAAAAAAUAAUUCCUGCACAUGUGUUAAAAGUUUAGAAUUGAGUUGUUUAAUAGCAUGUGGUUAGAUUAAUUAGCUGAACUAUUCAUCUUGCGUAAAUUGGCCAACAAAGAAA